AUGCCUCCAAGAUACGACGAGGCGCCCGAGCUGAUACCUCAGAAUUUUCCAGAGGUUCAUCACCCACCUGCAGCACCGGAAGUGGCCAGCACAUAUGGACAACAUACGCCGGCAACUCCUGUAAAGCCUGAAGAGGCAACCAACCUGUCAGCAGGAUAUACAGGUUUUGCGCCAGUUGAGCAUCCUCUACAUUCGUCAUAUAUGUAUGAUUAUCCAACUGGGUAUGGUCCUACACUACCAUCAGAGCACGGCAGAGCGUCGCAACGAGUACUAGGAUGUUCAGUACUGGUGUUUAUUCUAUCCAUUAUCAUUGCCCUCUUAUCGACGGCCGUCAUCGGCUUGGCAGCCGGAACUGGAGUCGAAGCAAGCCGAGCGAACGACGCGGAGGCGCGUUUGGCUGCACUCAGUGCUUCGCCGGCAACUGUCACUGUAACAGCACCAGGGUCAACAGCAACUGAUUCCAGCGCAAUUGAUAAAGGAUGCUCUACAAAUUCAGCAGGAGUGACGGGAACCACCUAUGGAUCUCAAUUUUUCAAUAAUCCUAUUUUCAAGAUAUACUGCAACAGCGACGCUCCAAAUAACCCGCUCUACUCUCUCUUCGUGGGUAAUUUUGACGACUGCAUCGACGCUUGCGCAUCUUAUGCUUUUUACAUACCUUCGGACUUCGCCAGUAAUUCCACGUCUAGAAAUGCGACCUGUGCCGGGGUCAGCUUUAUUCCUGCCUGGACUAAUCGCACGUUCGCAUUCGACCAAGACGCGCCGGGCAAUUGCUAUCUUAAGCCUGGACCGCAAAAUCAAACAGCGUUGAAUAACCCCAACAUAGGGGGCGCUGCUGUUCAUGCAGCGAUUCUGGAUACGCAAUCCUAA